AUUCCCGCUAGAUUCGUCCUGGGCUGUGGCGCUUUCAGAUCGAUCGAUUCCAGCGCGCGGUUCCAAGCACGAAAAAGAAAGAACAACUUCUUCCAGCCCAGAAGGAGAGCGAGUUUCUUUUCUGGCGAUGGAGAAAGCGAUGCCUGGAUCAUCUCCUCCUCCUCCAAGGUGAGAGCAACGAUCAGUUCUUAGAAGAUGACAUCUCCGGGCGAUUGUUGGGUGGGCCUCCUCCUCCGAUCAAGCGGCGCUGCUCCUCCUCUCUGGAGCUCCAUUGCGAGGAUCUCCGUCUCCUUCUCGCAUCCCCGGAGGAGGACGAUGAUCAGCAGGAUCCCAACUGGGCGAUCUUGCGCAACGACGACUCCAACUCGUCCAGUGAUCAGAGCAAGCAGAGCAGCGAUCUGGGCGAGGGGCUCGGGAUCGCGAUCCAAGAGCCGCUGUCGCCAUUUCUCGGCGAGGCGCAAGGAGCGGCAGGAGAUUUCUACUGGCCGCAGUGUGAUCUGGAUCAAGCGUCCAAGGGGGCGAUCGAGGACCAGGAGUGGAUGAAGAGGGCAGUGGCGUCGAUCGAGCCCUGCGCUUCUUCCUUUAUCGAUUGCUGCGUAGAGUUCUUUCUAGAUUAAAGUUCUUCUAGGGCUCUCCGUUUUCUUUGCAUUUCAAAACUGUGCACGACGUGUCACCCACGGUCAGUGCUGACGUGGUGAUGACUUGGCGGUGACGCGGCGGGCGGAUAGGUUUGAAUUUGGAUUAAAUCCACGCCCUCCACGUCACCGCCUGGCACGAUUUUGUAAGCUCCCUCUUCCAGGAACUAGUAUAUAGCAGCGCUCCAGCCCUAGCCCAUUGCAAGGUAUCUCGAUCGAUCGCUUUACCUACUUUUCGAUCCAGGUUUCGGGGAUUCUUCGCAAGAAUGCUGGGCGUCUUUCACAAAUCGGUCGCGGCGGGACCAGUAGAGCUCUCGGCUCCGGGAAGCGUGGAUGAUGAUCGCCGGAAGAGCGGCGCCCAGAUUUUGCAGUCAUUUACCUCGGCGAUCCCACAGGCGGCAUCGGUGCAGCUGGAUGGGCUUAGCGCAAUGGCUUAUUCUCACGAAAAGCAAGCUCUUCUCAAGCCACGAGCUUUCGCAGUUCUGGAUGAUAUCUUUUGCAUCUUCGUCGGUGUUCUGGAAAAUCUUCCAGCACUCAGGCAGCUCUACGGCCUCACGAAGAAUGUGUGUGAGGAGACCCUGGUGAUCGAAAUGUACAAGGCCCUGCGAGAUCGGGCUCCAUAUCCUGCGCAUCAAGUUGUCAAGGAUCUCUCUGGCCAGUUUGCAUUCGUUCUCUUCGACAAUGCGACCAAAACGCUGCUUGUGGCAAACGAUGACAAGGGCAAGGUUCCAUUUUUCUGGGGCAUUGCUGCCGACGAAUCACUUGCAUUCUCGGAUAAUGCAGAUCUCUUGAGGAAUGGUUGCGGCAAAUCGUUUGCUCCAUUCCCGGCUGGAUGUUUCUUCACAACUGGAGGUGGCUUGCGAAGCUUCGAGCACCCUUUAAACGCUCUGAAACCGGUGCCACGAGUGGACAGCCAGGGACAGAUGUGUGGCUCCACUUUCAAAGUGGACGAGUCGCGCAAGGAUCAACCGCGAAGUCUUCCUCGGGUCGGGAGCGACGCCUCGUGGGGAGCCGCCUGCUGACAAGGUGUUUCAAGUUAAGACCAUCUCCUUUUUCUUCUUUCCUCCCCGUGAACAGAAUCACAGAUUGCCGUGGGACAUCACAAGUUCUUCGUGCCUGUCUGUAAAGAUCAGGACACAAGCUUAGAACUUCCAGUUUUGACUUGGUUGGCUCUUUUUUUUCCUAGUCAAUUCUGUCACAAUUCCAGUGCUGGCUUCUUCUAGGCAAUGCAGCGAGAAAAAAUCUCCCUUUUUUCUUGCACUGCUCGGAAGAUCACACCACACACGUACACUAAUCGAGCGAUUUCUUUCUUU